AUGAUUGGUCCCGAUAUUGGGCGCAUAGAAAGAGCUAAGGAGGAGAGAAGACAACAACUCUUGAAAUGGGAGGAAUAUGAUCUCAGUUAUCCAAAUGAACCACGCAACAAGGAACCGAAGGAAAGAUCUAGAAAUGUUAGAUUUGGAGCCAAUAUAAUGUUUCUUGAAGCCGCAUCACGUGGGGAUAUAGAAGAAGUGAAAAAACUCAUCCACAAAGGAAUCAAUCCCGAUGUCACCAAUGAGGAUGGAUUGACUGCGCUUCAUCAGUGUUGCAUUGACAACAAUGUGGAGAUGUGUAACCUUUUGCUGGAGAACAAUGCCAACGUUAAUGCCAAAGAUAAUGAGUUGUGGACUCCACUUCACGCCGCUGCUACUUGUGGGAACAAGGAACUCUGUGGUAUACUCAUCAACUGGGGAGCAGACCUUCUGGCACUAAAUGUGGACGGAAACAUGCCCUACGAUCUCUGUGAUGAUGAGAACACACUAAUACUGGUUGAAACCGAAAUGGCAAAAAGACAUGUAACCCAGAAACAGAUCGACGAAAUUCGUCUCCUCCCGGAAAAAGAGAUGCUCAACGACCUCAAGCGACACUACGCUGCAGGCGAUGACUUACAAGACCUCGAUUCACAAGGGGCAGCUCCUAUUCACAUCGCAGCUGCUUGCGGUUUUGCGGAGGUGGCUCGCUACUUACUUCAGAAUCACGUUGAUCCACAGCAACCAGAUCAAGAUGGCUGGCUACCCAUUCACAUUGCCGUAUCGUGGGGAAAUCUCGACAUAGUUGAACUUCUGGUCUCCUAUGGUGCCGAUAUGGAGGCAUCAACAAGAAGCGGUCAAACUGUUGACACUAUCUGCGAUUCGAGGGAGCUUCAAGAUAGGCUGAGGGAAGUGUGGGACAGGCGGGAGGAGUUACGAAACGCUGUAAAACAAAACAACACCGUUCCGAACCUCAUCCGCGGUCAUAGCUCCUCUCGACGAAGAAAUAAUACGUCGAUCCUGCGAACAUCGAUGCGAGACAAGCGUCGGUUGACUCAAACAGACGCGGAGCGCGAGAAACAGUUGGGCGAACAAGUCGAAGCGAAAUUGGUGAGUGAGGCAGAGAAGACUGGAUCAACAGAAGAAAUCGUCCGACCACCACCGAAUCUCCAAGGUAUUGUCAACUCCAUCGUCAACUCCGCCUCAACCAAUGGUGGCGCUACCCCCACUAACUCCCGCCACAUCCCCGCAAUCGCUAUUGACCAUCGCUCCAGUCCCGAAAUCAAUGGUGUUGAUUCGCUUACUGCUCGUAGAGGCAAUAAUAAUGCUAAUGCGGCUCCCGCUGUACCCCCUCGUCAUCCCCGGAGUACAAAACCAGGCGAUGCUUGGUUAGUAUCACCACAGGCAGCACCAGCAGCAACGAAUUCGUCGCCGUCCACCUCGACAGCCUCCACAAGGGACACCUCCUCUUCAACGGAGUCACCGUCGGAGUCUAGUGACUCACAAGCGAGGUACGUACGCCCGAUGCAUCGUAAAGCUAACGGUCAAAUGGUUCCAGUGAGUGUGGAGUCGAUGCGACCUCCAUCGAGCCAACGGUCGCGGCCAAAUCCACCGACACGGGAUAAUCGAAGUCGGACCCCACGACGCUCCAACGCCUCCCCCGCCACCACUAUUAGUGGAUCAGCAGUGGCAGUGGUAGGGCAGAAUCAAAGGACUAAAGGUUCGCCUUCCGGCUCCCUUUUGCGGCAAGGGCCGUUGCCUCCCCACGAGACCGGCACCGUUCCCUCCUUCCACCGCUCUACCGACACACUCAACUCCAACUACAGUGGUAGGCACAGAGCCUUCGCCUGUUGCCAUACCAUGUGA